GGCUAAGAAACAAGUAUGGCGGUGUCUAGUGUUUUCAGACCGGGUUUAUUCAACCAUAAAGUCGCUAUUGUUACGGGUGGCGGGACCGGCAUCGGUAAAGCUAUCUCUGCGGAGCUGCUGGAGCUGGGGUGCAGCGUGGUGAUCUCCAGCAGAAAGGCAGACAGGCUGGAGGCGGCAGCUCAGGAGAUGAGUCAAAAGAUCCCUGCCUCCAGCCCGGCGAGUGUCACUCCUCUACCAUGUAACAUCCGGAACGAGGACGAGGUGAAGGAGCUCGUGUCAUCGGCGCUGAAGCGCUACGGCAGGAUCGACUUCCUGGUGAACAACGGAGGAGGUCAGUUCAGCAGCCCGGCCGAACACAUGUCCUCCAAAGGCUGGAAGGCGGUGAUAGACACCAACCUGACGGGGACGUUCCACUGCUGCCAGCAGGUCUACAGUGCGUGGAUGAAGCUGCACGGAGGUGUGAUCGUCAACAUCAUCGCUGACAUGUGGAAGGGCUUUCCAGGCAUGGCCCACACAGGGGCAGCAAGGGCCGCAGUGGACAACUUAACGAAGACUCUGGCCAUCGAGUGGGCCGCCUCAGGGGUCAGAGUGAACUCCGUGGCUCCUGGCACAAUAUUUUCCAAAACUGCGAUGGAGAACUACAAGGAGUUUGGACCGACUCUUUUCAAGAUGGCGGUUCCGUUUAGCCCCGCAAAGCGGCUGGGAGUACCAGAGGAGAUCUCAUCAGCAGUGUGUUUCCUGCUCUCUCCGGCUGCCUCCUACAUCUCCGGAGACACCCUGAAGGUUGAUGCAGGACAGAGUCUGUACCACUCCAUGUGGGAGAUACCCAGCCACAGUGCAUGGCCGGAGGCUCCAGAGGGGGAGAACCUUGACGCUCUGAAGGACCUGCUCAAACCACAAAGCAAACUCUAAUUCCCUUUUGUGACAUUGUCUGAGCCCAGUACACACACACACACACACACACACACAUGCGCACGCAUCAUGGACACUGAGCUGUCAAGGAGAGCACACACCGUCGUGGCCUGGUUAUAAGACUGUGAUUUAUUCUUGCACAUCAUGUACAUAAUUGUAUGUAAUAAUUAGCAACCCAAAUGUCUGAUGAGUUUCUUGAAUAAUGAGUUGUAUCAAACUGUUGAAAUGUAUGUCGAAUAUUUUUUUCCAAAAGCAUUCGUAAAUUGGAAAAUGAAAAUAAAAAUAUAUUUGGAUAAUAAAG